GUCACGCUCGUGUAGCAACGUACCGGCUAGCCAAGACGAUAAGGUCGUUCAGCCAAGUUGAGCAGAAGGCAAAGUUGUGGAUAGUCACAAUCGUCAAAUAUGUUGUCUGGUGUGAGGCCAACACUACUGCGAACAGUAGUGAUUUUGAAGCGUUGCAACAGCACACUAGUGAUUGCAGAACACAACAAUGAGACACUGGCCCCCAUCACUCUCAACACUGUCCGUGCAGCUACUCGGCUGGGUGGAGAGGUUUCAUGCCUAGUAGCAGGCAACCAGUGUGCAAAGGUAGCAGAAAAAGUAAGCAAAGUUUCUGGAGUGAAGAAAGUGUUACUGGCUGAAAGUCCUGAAUUUAAAGGGUUUUUACCAGAAGCAUUAACCCCUGCUGUAUUUACUGUACAGAAACAGUUUAACUACACUCACAUUUUGGCAGGCGCAACUGCUUUUGGAAAGGGCCUCAUCCCACGUCUAGCAGCCAAGUUGAAUGUAUGCCCAAUCUCAGAAAUCAUAGGGAUCAAGGAUGCUGAGACUUUUGUCAGAACAAUUUAUGCAGGAAAUGCAAUUCAGACUUUGAAAUCUGCUGACGCUGUGAAAUUGAUCACUGUUCGAGGAACAGCAUUUGAGGCAGCUGCUGAGGGUGGAAAUGGAGAAAUAGUCAAAGUGCCUGUGGAAUCCAUUAGCAAUACCUUAGCUGCUUUUGAGGGACAAGAGUUGAGCAAAAGUGACAGACCUGAAUUAACUAGUGCCAAAAUUGUCAUCUCAGGAGGUCGUGGUAUGAAGAGUGGAGAGAACUUUCAGCUGUUGUAUACUCUUGCUGAUAAACUAGGAGCAGCAGUAGGAGCAUCACGUGCGGCUGUGGAUGCUGGUUUUGUUCCCAAUGACUUGCAAGUAGGACAGACUGGCAAGAUUGUAGCACCAGACUUGUACAUCGCUGUUGGUAUUUCUGGGGCAAUACAGCAUUUAGCAGGCAUGAAGGACAGCAAAGUGAUUGUUGCCAUAAACAAAGACCCUGAAGCUCCAAUCUUUCAGGUUGCUGAUUAUGGAAUUGUGGAGGAUCUGUUUAAGGCCGUUCCUGAGAUGACUGCGCUCAUAGAGAAGAAAUGAAACUAGCUGCAAGCUUAAAAUCUUCGGGAAAGCAGAUCCACAUUUUUUAAUGGAUUAACAACACAAAAUUAUCAUCAUGUGAAAAUGACGCCUCUGAGAACUAUUUUGUUGACAUAGUUGGUCAUUUAUUUUUGAGCAGUGUUAAUUAUAAAAAUACACUUUGGUGCAAAAUUCAAUAAUAAAAAGCAUGUUCAUCUCUUACGGUUGUAAAGUUCCAGUUAUUUAACAGCUAUCAGCAUAAUUCAUACUGAUUUUAUGCACUUUCUUUUGCACUGAAUUCCAAAACACUCUUGAAAAUAAAAAUUUAUGUUUUU